AUGUUCGAGAAGGACGAAUUCGUAAACCCUCUUGGGAAUGCCUCAAAUAUCCAGCCAAACGUUCCCAUUGAGAUCAUCACGCCUAGAGCGAGCGAAAACCCCAACACCGAAGUUCAGAUCGACCUAGUUCUUCCGCUGCACGAUGUUACUUUCAGCGAAGAGACAUAUGCUUCAAUGGAUCCUACUGCAGCCGUCGCGAACGACGUCCCAUUCUCGCUGCCGCUUCCCGAACAAGACUUGACAGAAACUUCGUCAUACGGCCUUCUCUGGGAUCUCAACACUAUGUUUCCCACGAAUUCUUUCAUGUGGACGAUGGACACCCAGUACGAUAGUCCGUCUAGUUCUCAGCAAGGGGUCUUCGACGUCAGCGCAGGUUCCAGCGAGUUGCUCUGGAAUUCUACAACUCAAGGUGAUUCUGAGGGAGAAAUGUUGCCACCCUCAAUCACCACAAGCGUAGGGGCUCCUAUCGAGGUGAACAAGGUCAACAUGUGCCAGAGCCGUAGCCAAAUGCCGGAGCCUGGUGCGGACGAUAUAUCCAUCCCCAUACUUACUCCUGAAGAUGAGCAUAUGGCUGCUUCAGACGUCUUUGGAUAUAUCCACCGUUUUCCAGCACCGCCAUUUGAGAAGAUCAUGCACUACUACUACCAGCAGCAUUCCCUGGCCCCCAAUUUUGUUAGCCAGGCCGUCUUUCACACUUUUCUAGAGCUUUACUUUGAACAUUUUGCACCAGAGCUGGACUUCCUGCACCCGUCAAUUCUGGAAAGCGACCAAGUAUCGUGGAUACUUUUGCUCGUUGUAGCUGCUUUGGGAUCACAAUUCUCUGUCUUGGAACAAUCAACUAAGAUUACACUGGCGCUUCAGGAACUGAUGCACAGGGCUAUCAAGUCGGAGCUGCCUUCCAUUCCGCCCCCAGACGACUUGACGUGGACGCAGACUGUGUUGCUGCGAGAUAUUUGUCUCUUCGGAAAUGGGGGAAAGAAAGGACUAGCAUUGCAGCAGUACCACAAGUACACUUUGGCGACGCUAUGUCGAGCUUGGGGCUCUGUUCCGGGGGAUAGUUCUCUGCCAAACCUUUCCUCGAAUACGUCUGAGCCCUUGGAAGAACAGUGGCAUCGUUGGCUGGCUGCCGAGUCUCGCAUCCGGCUUGCCCAUUCCGUCUACCAUUUCGAAAGUCUGCAAUACAUGUUUUUACAAUUGCGACCGUCCAUGGACCUCUCAGAGCUGACAAAUAGCACGCCUUCAACCACAAACUUGUGGAAUUGUCGCAGCGCAAGCGAUUGGGCACGCCAAUUACCAUCGUGCAGGGAGACACCGACACGCCAACUCCAGCUUGGAUUAGGAAAAGAGGAAGCCUUGGCUGGAGACGCCUUUUGUCGAAAGCUCCAAUACAUUUUUGCGAGUGUGGAGGAAAAGCUCACGCUAGAAAGGCUGUUGAAAUGGCCACUGAGAAAUACGCUGCCGUUUGUUAGUGGAUCUCAGGCCCGGCAACAGCAAGAAACUCAACCGUCUCACGGGACUCUGGGCGAUAUUGGAUUCAUACACAGGCUUGUCCGGGGUUGUGUUGACUCAAGGCUACACAGUCUCUACCCUCAAUCCUCCCCGGAGUCUUUUGAGCUGGAACUUUCGGCCACACCCGACGUUAUUUUCCCGCUGCUAGCACUGCUCAGGCGAGUUUCGCUGACCACGGUCCACGCCAUGUCCGGUUGGCAGGCGAACGAAGAGCAGAUCCAGGUUGCGCGUGCCACAUUGAGCUCGUGGAUGAAGAACGAUGCGGUGGUUGCUCGAACAUGCCUACGCCACGCUGUUGUCAUCUUCAGUGCUCUCCGAGCCAAGACCCACUUUGGCCAUUAUGAUGCCCUUUCGAUGCUGGCGGCAGCUUUGUACAUUUGGGCGUACGACCAACUGGUUGAGAAUGAGGCCAAAGAUCCGCAGCACUCGCAGAUCUUGCGACUAGAUAAACCUGUCGGCCAAGAUGCAAGGACGCGAUGGAUGGACGAGGCCCGAAGUACAUACAUUCACAUCCCAGGGAUCGGUAUCCUAGACGGCCGUACCAGUCCCCUUCGGACACUGCAGGAAUUAAGAAGGGUUUUGAAGACCAGGACGGGCUGGCCCGAGAUACGCACUUCUCUUGUUACGCUGAUUGGACAUCUCCUACAAGGUCGACGGCCUAGGAUGGCUUGA